AUGAAGAACAUCAACGACAAACUCACCUCUUACGAAGAUGCUAUCCGGGAAUUACAAAGAAGCCUUGAAUUUACCCAGGAUGAAGUACAAGAUCUAAAAAGGCAAACUGUACAAUUUGAACAAGCCAAGAAGUCCCGCGACGAAACCAUCGAUCAACUCAAACACUUCAGUUGUCGUGUGCCACCAUACUACCAAGUCCUGCUGGCUCUGGCAGCUAUGGGUAACGGAAGUCACCAGGUAGUUGUUGCUGACUGCUAUGAUGUCUCACAAACAGUAGUCAGUCAAUGCCUGGCCAGAGUUGCCCUGGCAAUAGCAGGCCUUGUACACCAGUACAUAAUAAUCCCUAAUGCCACUGAUCUGCCAAAAGUGAAGGAAGAUUUUUAUGCAAUUGCUGGCAGUGUUCAUGAUGCUAGAAUCUUUGAAAAUAGUGUAAUUCGUGAUGAAUUACAUGAUGGCCGCCUCCCAGGUCAUCUCUUGGGUGAUAGUGGCUAUGCCAAUAGAAGGAGCAGAAUGAGAACAAAUCUAAAAACAACUCAGGCCAUCAUUGUAGCUUCAGCAAUUCUAGUCUCCGUAGUACUGGAUCCUAGCUCUCCUCUAGUACUGGGACUUGGGUGUGCCUGGGAGCUCCGAGGACUGCCCUGUAUCCUGAAUUUUGUAUCCUGUGUGGAGAGUGGAGACGUGCAGCAGCAGCAGGAGGCACUGCAGCACACGGAGUGUGUGAACCAAGCGGGCCGCACUGUGGGGCAAGCCUGGCAAGUCAAGCCCAGCCUCCAGCCAGCCAGCCAGCUUUGUGUGGGGCGCCCGCCCGCCCACCACCCAGCCAGCCUGCUUUGUGUGGAACGCCCGCCCGCCAGCCAUCCUUGUGUGGGGCUCCCACCAGCCAGCAAGUCAACCAGCAGGGAGGCCUUGACCUGCGGAUACCGCCACAGCACAAGCCCCCAAGGAAGCAGUGAGCCCAGCAGGAGCACACCAUUUGCUGACAGCCUGGCCACUGUGGUGAUUUUGGAGCUGACAGAUGUGACAGUGUGUGCCAGGUCGGCAUCCAGCGACGGGACUCCCUCUGUGCAUCCUUGGUGCAGCCCAGGGGUUCCUGCAGGACCAGCCACAGCAAGGAGCAGUGUUGCAAUGGAUGGUGUGAGGCCAGGCAGCAGCAGCAGCAGGAGGAGGAGGAUAAACAGCCAGGAGCAGAGGGCAACCCCAGGCGUGAGGACCUACACUUGUGACCACUGCGGGAAAGUGUGCUCCACCAAGGCUGCCAUUGCCAGUCACGUCCUCUCCCAUGCCGGCAAGACAAGGCUGAGAGGCAAGAGUGGCCCCACUGAACACACUGGCGGCAGGACCUACACUUCUGACCACUGCGGGAAGACAUUUGCAAACAAGAGUGGUGUUGCCUCACACAUCCUGACCCACACUGGGGAGAGAACGUUCCAGUGCCUGGAGUGUGGGAAAAGAUUUACCCACAAAAGUAAUCUUAACCAACACAUCCUGACCCACACUGGGGAGAGAAAGUUCCAGUGCCUGGAGUGUGGGAAAAGAUUUACUGGGAAAGGUACCCUUGACACACACAUCGUGACCCACACUGGGGAGAGAAAGUUCCAGUGCCUGGAGUGUGGGAAAAGAUUUACCCGGAAAGGUGAUCUUGACAGACACAUCCUGACCCACACUGGGGAGAGAAAGUUCCAGUGCCUGGAUUGUGGGAAAAGAUUUACCCGGAAAGGUACCCUUGACACACACAUCCUGACCCACACUGGGGAGAGAAAGUUCCAGUGCCUGGAUUGUGGGAAAAGAUUUACCCAGAAAGGUACCCUUGACAGGCACAUCCUGACCCACACUGGGGAGAGAAAGUUCCAGUGCUUGGAUUGUGGGAAAAGAUUUACUGGAAAAGGUACCCUUAACAGACACAUCCUGACUCACACUGGGGAGAGAAAGAUCCAGUGCCUGGAGUGUGGGAAAAGAUUUACCCACAAAAAUAAUCUUAACCAACACAUCCUGACCCACACUGGGGAGAGAGAGUUCCAGUGCCUGGAGUGUGGGAAAAGAUUUACCCAGAAAGGUGAUCGUGACAGGCACAUCCUGACCCACACUGGGGAGAGAAAGUUCCAGUGCUUGGAGUGUGGGAAAAGAUUUAUCCGGAAAGGUGAUCUUAACAGACACAUUCUGACCCACACUGGGGAGAGAAAGUUCCAGUGCCUGGAGUGUGGGAAGAGAUUUACCCUGAAAGGUUGUCUUGACAGACACAUCCUGACCCACACUGGGGAGAGAAAGUUCCAGUGCCUGGAGUGUGGGAAGAGAUUUACCGACAAAAGUAAUCUUAACAAACACAUCCUGACCCACACUGGGGAGAGAAAGUUCCAGUGCCUGGAGUGUGGGAAAAGAUUUACCCAGAAAGGUUGUCUUGACGCACACAUCCUGACCCACACUGGGGAGAGAAAGUUCCAGUGCCUGGAGUGUGGGAAAAGAUUUACCCAGAAAGGUACCCUUGACACACACAUCCUGACCCACACUGGGGAGAGAAAGUUCCAGUGCCUGGAGUGUGGGAAAAGAUUUACCCGGAAAGGUACCCUUGACACACACAUCCUGACCCACACUGGGGAGAGAAAGUUCCAGUGCCUGGAGUGUGGGAAAAGAUUUACCCGGAAAGGUGAUCUUAACAGACACAUCCUGAACCACACUGGGGAGAGAAAGUUCCAGUGCCUGGAGUGUGGGAAAACAUUUACCAUGAAAAGUUAUCUUAACAAACACAUCCUGACCCACACUGGGGAGAGAAAGUUCCAGUGCCUGGAGUGUGGGAAAAGAUUUACCCACAAAGGUAAUCUUAACAAACACAUCGUGAUCCACACUGGGGAGAGAAAGUUCCAGUGCCUGGAGUGUGGGAAAAGAUUUACCCACAAAAGUAAUCUUAACAAACACAUCCUGACCCACACUGGGGAGAGAAAGUUCCAGUGCCUGGAGUGUGGGAAAAGAUUUACCGUGAAAGGUGAUCUUAACAAACACAUCCUGACCCACACUGGAGAGAGAAAGUUCCAGUGCCUGGAGUGUGGGAAAAGAUUUACCCACAAAGGUAAUCUUAACAAACACAUCCUGACCCACACUGGGGAGAGAAAGUUCCAGUGCCUGGAGUGUGGGAAAAGAUUUACCCACAAAAGUAAUCUUAACAAACACAUCCUGACCCACACUGGGGAGAGAAAGUUCCAGUGCCUGGAGUGUGGGAAAAGAUUUACCCUGAAAGGUGAUCUUAACAAACACAUCCUGACCCACACUGGGGAGAGAAAGUUCCAGUGCCUGGAGUGUGGGAAAAGAUUUACCAGGAAAGGUACCCUUGACACACACAUCCUGACCCAUACUGGUGAGAGAAAGUUCCAGUGCCUGGAGUGUGGGAAAAGAUUUACCAGGAAAAGUGAUCUUAACAAACACAUCCUGACCCACACUAGGGAGAGAAAGUUCCAGUGCCUGGAGUGUGGGAAAAGAUUUACCAACAAAAGUAAUCUUAACCAACACAUCCUGACCCACACUGGGGAGAGAAAGUUCCAGUGCCUGGAGUGUGAGAAAAGAUUUACCCACAAAAGUAAUCUUAACCAACACAUCCUAACCCACACUGGGGAGAGAAAGUUCUAGUGCCUGGAGUGUGGGAAAAGAUUUACCAACAAAAGUAAUCUUAACCAACACAUCCUAACCCACACUGGGGAGAGAAAGUUCCAGUGCCUGGAGUGUGGGAAAAGAUUUACCAUGAAAGGUGAUCUUGACAGACACACCCUGACCCACACUGGGGAGAGAAAGUUCCAGUGCCUGGAGUGUGGGAAAAGAUUUACCAUGAAAGGUGAUCUUGACAGACACAUCCUGACCCACACUGGGGAGAGAAAGUUCCAGUGCCUGGAGUGUGGGAAAAGAUUUACCAACAAAAGUAAUCUUAACCAACACAUCCUGACCCACACUGGGGAGAGAAAGUUCCAGUGCCUGGAGUGUGGGAAAAGAUUUACCAACAAAAGUAAUCUUAACCAACACAUCCUGACCCAUACUGGUGAGAGAAAGUUCCAGUGCCUGGAGUGUGGGAAAAGAUUUACCAGGAAAAGUGAUCUUAACAAACACAUCCUGACCCACACUAGGGAGAGAAAGUUCCAGUGCCUGGAGUGUGGGUAAAGAUUUACCCACAAAAGUAAUCUUAACCAACACAUCCUAACCCACACUGGGGAGAGAAAGUUCCAGUGCCUGGAGUGUGGGAAAAGAUUUACCAUGAAAGGUGAUCUUGACAGACACAUCCUGACCCACACAGGGGAGAGAAAGUUCCAGUGCCUGGAGUGUGGGAAAAGAUUUGCCCACAAAGGUAAUCUUAACAAACACAUCCUGACCCACACUGGGGAGAGAAAGUUCCAGUGCCUGGAGUGUGGGAAAAGAUUUACCAUGAAAGGUGAUCUUGACAGACACAUCCUGACCCACACUGGGGAGAGAAAGUUCCAGUGCCUGGAGUGUGGGAAAAGAUUUACCCUGAAAGGUACCCUUAACAGACACAUCCUGACCCACAGUGGGGAGAGAAAGUUCCAGUGCCUGGAGUGUGGGAAAAGAUUUACCAGGAAAGAUACCGUUGACACACACAUUCUGACCUACACUGGUGAGAGAAAGUUCCAGUGCCUGGAGUGUGGGAAGGGAUUUACCCACAAAAGUAGUCGAUACACACAUCCUGACCCACACUGGGAGGAGACCUUCUGGAGGAAAGAGAAGAAAAUGAACAAGUGGCAGGUAAUCUUGACACACACACACACACACACACACACACACACACACACACACACACACACACACACACACACACACAUCCUGAGCCACACUGGGGCUUGUACAAGUACAAACUAGGCUCACCUUGAGUGUAGGAAGAGAGAAGGAAACAGACACAGGAGGAUCUGCUCUGAGCCACCUUGGAAAGACAAAGUGCAGCAGAGGAUCAGCCAUCAAAGAGAAGAAAUGUGGCAAGUAACAACCUUGGUGCCAGACCAAAGCCACACAAGGAACAAGGAACCUCCUCAAGAAAACACACACAGUGACAGGAAGGCGCAGCACAAGGACAAAAUGAGAAAAGGACCAUCUGUUUGUUAGUGAGGAAGAGGUGAAAGCAGAGGAUACUGGAAUGAAGGGUUGAGUGUGGAGCAGGAGAGAGAGAGAGAGAGAGUGUUUGUGUCAGUGUACUAAGGGUGUUAAUGAGGCAUGUACAAUGAAGGGUGGUGCAAGGGAAAAGCUUGCCAACAUAUCCACAGCUCAGGUGACAGCUAUUUUGCCAUGGUUUAAAUAAAGCAAAGGAAUGCA